CAAAAAUUUAGCGGCAGAUGACAAUCAAAUUUUUGACCCUAAUUUGAGUUGAUAGUGUUUCUUUGAGAUGUUAGGCCGUUUUUGUAUCUAUUUUUUUACUAAUAUACUCUGAAAAAGUGUAUAGAAGCAGAUUAUCUGAGUUCGGAAAGUGAUAAAUUUGAUAAAUGUUUGAUCAAUACAGAACGAAAAUAAUCAGCACAAGAUGCCUUUCCUCAAAAAACACUCAACUCAGUUAUCAAGAUCUAGGAGAUUGGAGAAUACAACAAAGAAAAAUGGGUUGAGGCAUAAAAUAUUUUCCGUAAAUGGAGAUACUUAUGUAGGGGAAUGGCAAAAUGAUCAGAGAACGGGGAAAGGCGUGAAGAGAACGUUCGCCAACCAGCGUUUGUACGAAGGCGAUUUCGUGGACAACGUCCGUCAUGGCUUCGGCGUUUUGGCUGACAAAAUUUCAGGCGUCGAUGUAUACGAGUUGUAUUACGUCGGAGAAUGGUUCAAUGGGAUGAUGGAAGGAUUUGGAAGGUGGGUGAUGAAAGGCAAAGGGUUAUAUCUGGGCGAAUUUCAUAGAGGAAAACGACAUGGAUACGGGAAGAUGUGGUACGAUGAUGGAGCGUACUAUGAAGGAGAGUGGAUCAAGGGAAAAAGACAAGGACUAGGUAUGUUAAUAUACGUGAACGGCAACAGGUACGAAGGCAACUUUUUGAACGAUUUGAAGCAUGGAAAAGGCAGAUUUUUUUUCCUGAGCGUUGGUCAAUUGCAAGACGGUGUUUGGUCGGAUGAUACCUGCAUAUUCAGUCAACUGUACAAUUUGCCGUACCGACAGACAGCGAAGAGACCUACUGUCUUCCCUCUUCCAAAGUUGUGCUUGGUGAACCCUGACGCUGUAUGUCAAGAGCAGGAAUUCAAAGCGUUGCAGGGCACAUCUGAAUGUUACCAGGACACUGAAGUGAUGUCAUUUUUAAGCUUCAAAAUGGGGUCAUCAUUUUGAUUCAUCAACAAUAAAUAAAUGUCAUCUUAUGCCAAUA